AUGAAAGCAGAUGUGUUAGCUGUUUUAUUUAGCACUGUCGCUCUGGCGUUUGUGUUGCGGCAAUCCCAUGCCCCGCACGAUAUGAAAAAUCCUGCUGACUAUUCGAACCAUGGGAGAAAUGCGUACCCCACCCAAAGCGUCGGAUCAUUAGGAAGAAUUUUAAGAUCAGAUAAUUCAAAUAUAUUCCAACAAUAUUCCGGUUCAGGGGGUAAAGUAGAAACCAACGUGAUGGAAGGUAUGACCGACGUUUCUGCGUUAGGCACCACAUUAAAUAUUGAAAUUAUACAAGAAGACGAAGAUCUGUACCAAGAACAGCUGCACGAACUAGUUGAUAAAAUAACCGAUACGUGGAAUGAAACAUUUAUGAAUAUGGUAGAAGAUUACAUCGAUUUCACAGAACGAAGUAAUAUUAUAGAUGGGGAAUGGAGAUGCCAGAUGUGGAAUGAAAGAUGGUACAGAUAUUUACAAUACUUAGUUAGCAGCUUGAACGAAGUUAUUGAAAAUGAUAACUAUCCCUUAGAAGCAAAAGAGCUUAUUUCAAAUGAAUACCUUCAUUGGGCUAACCAUGAUUUUAUAUGGUUUUUAAGUAUAGUUAAAGAAGAGUGGGAUAAAAGGGAGGACCUAAUCGAGUCUGAACCACUAGGAACUUAA